GUUUAUGAUAUUUUUUAUUGUGAAUUGUGAUAUCCUAUUCAAUUCCUCAUAAAAAUACACGUAUUUAAACGGAAAACUACAGAUAUUUAUUUUCGUGUUACAAUUGAAUAACCGAACAUGGCUUCUAUACCAUUAAUGUACGCGCAAGAGGACUGUGAGCUCGGUGGAAAGGAAACAAUUGAGGAUGACUUUUCAUACCGCAAUAACGUGAUGAAUGCGGACAAGGAGAUCCGUCUAGGGUUCAUCCGGAAGGUGUAUGGACUGCUCAGUGUACAACUGCUGGCUACAUUUGCAAUUGCUGCUACAUUCACUCUUGUGGAGCCUGUCCAAGCAUUCAUUCACAAAAAUGACUGGCUGGUGUUCAUUGCUUUCAUCAUGAGCAUGGUCACGUUGUUAACGCUGAUCGUAAAAAGAAGGGACACCCCUGCCAAUUUGUACCUGCUAGCAGCAUUUACAAUAGUGCAAGCGUAUACAGUGGGUGUGGUGGUCUCUUUCUACAACACUGUGGUCGUGUUACAAGCGCUCGGCCUCACGUUUACCGUCGUCUCCGCCCUCACUCUGUACACACUCAACACCAAGAGGGACUUCUCUUUCGUGGGAUAUGGUCUCGUGGCCGGCCUCUGCGUGCUGAUCAUCGGCGGUCUAAUCCAAAUCUUCCUCCAGAGCUCAGCUUUCGAGGUGGCACUUUCCUUCGUAGGAGUUGUCCUGUUCAGCUUGUUCCUUAUCUUUGACACCCAGCAGAUGAUGACCACACUCUCCGCCGAGGAGUACAUCCUGGCUACUAUCAAUUUGUACAUGGAUAUCCUUAAUCUGUUCCUGUACAUUCUGCGACUUCUGAACGAACUCAACAGAAAUUAGGCAACUUAGAUUUAAUUCUUGCAUUGUCUGCUACACCGUGUUACAAAUAAGUUCAUGCAAGAAAAAUUGUUAGUAAACACACGCACUUGUUUUCAUAUUUUAAUAUAUUUGACAUAAUUAUUAUUGUAUAAUUUUUUACAACCUGUUUCCACUCGUGUGAGAGCUAAGCUUAAAUGAAAUCUAUUUCAGCUAUUGAAAUGUUCGUCCCUUUCUUUUGUGCUAACUUCUCAAUUUGAAAGAAUGUGACAAAAUAUUCUAAUAGUUAAAAUAGGUUUGUAGGUAGGUUUUGAUUUUUAUGAAUUUUUAUCACGAGAGGUGUGAAACGAGUAUGGAAACGCGGUUUAACAUAUUUUAAAUAUACACUUUGCAAAAUUAAUUUACUUAAAGAUCUACUUAUGAAUUUGUAAUAUUUAAAGUAUAUACUAGCAAAUUAUUGAGCGUUAUCAGUAUUUUUCUUAAUUCAUUCCUUGGUUUCACGGUAAGAAAGUUUUACAAUUCUCAAAUGGACAUUUGAGUGUUUUAAAAUUAAGGUUGGUUUCAAAGUGAUUCGAUCGGUCGUUGACUGCAGAUAAAAAGUAUCAGAGAAAUAUAUAUAUAAAUAAAAAAUAUAAUAGUAUUAUUUUAAUACCUCAGAUAAAUAUUUUAGUUGGCAACAUUUUAAAAUGUUUUCCAUGCACUGUAAUCCGAUUUUCAAAUACAUCAAGUUGAAUGAUUGGUGUCAUUAAUAUACGCACACAUGUUUGAAUUUUUAUAGGGUGGAGUUCACAGGUUCAACUGAUCCAGUAUUUAAUAGUAUGUUUCUCAAAUUGCGCUAGAGAAAACUAAUACAGUUUUAAUACCGUCCCAUGCGAUCUUUUAAAUUAUUGUGUUUCUGUGGCACACACGAAAAAAAAAAUACUUCCUUUGUCUUUUAUUAUUUUUUUAAUAUUUUUUUUCUCUAUUUUAUCUAUUAUUUGUGUGCUUAGUGAUGCAUAUCUAUUUAUUUCAUUCACUUUGACACCAGCCUUAAUUGAUUUUGGUGCUGUUUGGACUCGAUUCUGAUUCACCAUUUCUCUAAACUACUCUUAAUUUUAUAUUUUAAUUUGAUAGUUUCGAGAAAUUACUGUUUUAAGGACUAAAUUUUAUAAUAAUUUUGUUUCGAAUCUAUUAGAAAUUUUGUUCAUAUUGGUCCUAACCUAUAAAAAUCAAAUUGAAAUUUUUAUUUAAGAAAAAAAGAAAGUUUAGACAGAUGGUGUCUCAAAAUAGAUCCCGUUGUUUGUAAAUAAAAUAACAAUAUUUAUAAUGUGUAUUAUUUUGAUAAAAGACAAGAAUGAUAAGGCUGUGAAAAAAAGCUAUGUGGACAUAUUUCUUAAACACAAUUCAUAAAGUUUCUGACUUUGGUUAGGGCUGCCAUCCGUCCCAAUUUCCUUCUAUUGAGAUAUAUUGGUUGACUUCGUUCGAAUAGAAGCAGAUCAUAAUUAUCUUGUAAUUUAAAUCGGCUUCGAAUGUUCGACUUGAAAUCCCAAUCUUUUUGUCCUGAUUUGAGAUUUUACAGAUGGCAACCCUAUUUCUGGUUAAAAAGUCUAUUAUGGAGAUGUAAAACAUUAUUCUGUUUUAAAAUAUUUAUUUGGCGUCCUUAACAAAUAUCUUUACAAGAAUAUGGCAGAUAACUUUGAAGUGACUAUUUAAAAAAAAGACAAAAUUUCGCCUGAAUUGUGCUAUUUAACCCUAAUGACUCUUCCAAAGAUAUUUAGAUUGUGAUAAUUUAAAAUAUUUACAAAAGAAACUAAAACAUGAAGUUCCGGCAAGUUUGAUAAUUUUUACCUAUAUUUGUAAUAUUGUCGAAACUCCUCGAUACUUUUCAAUUUUCUUUUUUAUAUCGAAACUGGAUAAUUAGCUUGCAUGUAAGUAUGUAUGUAUAUAAAAAAAUAUAAAACGCAUUUAUUGUAUAGGAAAAAAUUAUGUAAAGACGAAAGUUUACCAUUGUUUGCUACACUAGUUCGAACCUACCUUAUGGACGAUUUUAACAAAGAAAAAGUAUAUGUAAUUCUAAUAGAUUAUAUAUUAAAUACGAUUAUCACUUAUGUAAGAGAAAUAAUUAAAUGUUUUUGAAAGUCUAGAAACACAAACCACUUGUGAAAAAUAUUAAAUAAAAGUAAUGUUGGAA